AUGGGGCUGGCCGAGAAAGACGAACUGCACAAAUGUAUCAAUAAAAACCUGGCCCGGGUUUUCAUCAGGCCGGCCUCCUCCCCUUUUGCGGCCCCGGUUCUCUUCUGGAAGAAGAAAGAUGGGGGGUUGAGGCUGUGCACGGAUUACCGGGGAUUGAAUGCGGUGUCUUCGAUCAAUGCUUACCCCAUGCCCUUGAUCAAAAAUUUUGAAGUUGGAUCUCCACGAUGCUUACUUUCAGGAGAGAGCUUGAGCCCAGCCCGCAGCUCUGCCAAGCGGAAGAAGAAGCAAAGGAGGAACCGGACCACCUUCAACAGCAGCCAGCUCCAGGCCCUGGAGAGGGUUUUCGAGAGGACACACUACCCGGAUGCCUUCGUGCGGGAGGAGCUGGCGCGGAGGGUGAGCCUCAGUGAAGCCAGAGUGCAGGUCUGGUUUCAAAACCGAAGAGCCAAGUUCCGCCGUAACGAGAGAGCCAUGCUAGCCAACAGGUCGGCGUCUCUCCUGAAAUCCUACAGCCAGGAUGCAGCCAUUGAACAGCCCAUGGCCCCCCGACCCACCAGCCUGAGCCCGGACUAUCUCUCCUGGUCUACCACAUCCCCAUACAGCACAGUGCCUUCCUACAGCUCCAGCGGUGCCACCACGCCUACCCAAGGGGUGAACAUGGCCAACAGCAUUGCCAGCCUACGCCUCAAAGCCAAAGAGUUCAGCCUCCAUCAGAACCAGGUGCCCACCGUGAACUGACCGCAGGGCCUCUUGCGUGCCCCAGUCGGGAUCUUCUCCUGCCCCAGACACCAGCAUCAAUUCCAGGUUGCUGAGCAACCGAGACCUCAGUGAUUCACGCACCAGCAGUGCCAAAUCCCGUCGUGCAGUCUCUGCUCCCUUGGUGCCCCUGCUGAAGACAGAGCGAGCGUUGACAGAAUUCUGCGGACCUCCAUUGGCGAGGAGGAGGCAUUUCCCACCUUGUCAAACUCAAAACAACAACACCUUUUUUCAGUGCAGAGGACCUGUGAAUCUUUCAAGAUGAAAGAGAUCUGCCCCAUUUGCCUGAGCAAAAAAGAACCACAGGACAGAUCCACAACCCGCUCUUGGAUUUGAUUCGAAGUGCCUGGACACCCAAAGAACUUCCGAGCACUUGGGAGCAGAGGCUGGGAACGUAAACCCAUUGCCCCCGUGAUUAACUCGUUCCCCUUCCCAACCCCAGUCUGUCCCUUCAGUGUGGCUGACUUUAGUUCUACAAAACAGUGGCGCGAUCCAUGCGAAUAAACAGAUGUAUGAAUUGAUGUUGAUAGACUGACUGCGGUGCCUGAAAAAGAAAAGACACCCCCCCAAAAAAAAGGGGAAAUCCAGCUCUCCAAACCCUGCUGUACAUAUUCC